UGAAUAAAAUAUGAUCUGUAUAAUUUAAAUAAAACUAAAUUGUAUUAACCUAUAUAUGUUUAUGUAGAAGCUUUCCGAGUCAAGGGAAUGAAGGCUAUGAGCCUUCAAGCCCAGUUCCGACUUCUUCACAUUACUCCAACAUGUACAGCUUUCACUAAGGUUGCUAUGAGUAAAUUUGAUAAAGAACAUUUUAUUCCAUAUGAAAGACUAGCCAAAAAUCUAGAUAUUGUCAAAAGCAGGCUUAAAAGGCCACUGACUCUAUCAGAAAAAGUUCUCUAUUCUCAUCUUGACCAGCCAGAAAUGCAAGACAUUAAGAAAGGAGAAAGCUACUUAAGGUUACGACCUGACAGGGUAGCUAUGCAAGAUGCUACUGCUCAGAUGGCUAUGUUACAGUUUAUCUCCAGUGGCCUUAAGAAGGUAGCAGUGCCAACCACAAUUCAUUGUGAUCACUUAAUUGAAGCUCAAGUUGGAGGAGUUCAAGAUUUGGCACGAGCAAAGGCUCUUCACAAAGAAGUUUACAGUUUUCUUAAAACAGCAGCAGCAAAAUAUGGAGUUGGGUUUUGGAACCCUGGCAGUGGAAUUAUUCAUCAGAUUAUCUUGGAGAACUAUGCUUUUCCAGGGGUGCUGUUAAUUGGUACUGACAGCCACACACCAAAUGGAGGUGGCCUAGGUGGUGUGUGUAUUGGUGUGGGUGGAGCUGAUGCUGUUGAUGUCAUGGCCAACAUUCCAUGGGAACUUAAAUGUCCUAAGGUUAUUGGAGUCCAUCUGACUGGUAAAAUAUCUGGAUGGACCUCUCCUAAAGAUGUGAUCCUUAAGGUAGCUGAUAUUUUAACUGUUAAAGGAGGAACUGGAGCUAUAGUAGAGUAUCAUGGACCUGGAGUUGAAUCAAUAUCUUGUACAGGAAUGGGGACCAUCUGUAACAUGGGUGCUGAAAUUGGAGCUACUACAUCUGUGUUUCCAUACAACCCUAGGAUGAUUGACUACAUGGUAGCUACUGGAAGAAAAGAAAUAGCAGAUUUGGCUGAUCAAUUUUCUUUUCUGCUGACGCCUGACAAGGGAUGUGAGUACGACCAACUUGUAGAAAUCAACUUGGAUGAGUUGGAACCUCAUGUCAAUGGACCCUUCACACCAGACCUUGCUCAUCCUAUCUCUAGGUUUGGGAAGCAAGCCAAAGAAAAUGGAUGGCCAUUGCAAGUUAAAGUUGGUUUAAUUGGGAGCUGUACCAACAGUAGCUAUGAAGACAUGGCUCGAGCCAGUAGUAUAGCACAACAAGCCCUGAACUAUGGACUAAAAUCCAAAUCCAAAUUUACGGUCACCCCAGGCUCUGAACAAAUCCGUGCUACCAUUGAACGUGAUGGCCAGGCUAAAGUAUUGCGAGAAUUUGGAGGUGUUGUAUUAGCUAAUGCUUGUGGACCUUGCAUUGGACAAUGGGAUAGGAAAGAUGUUUCUAAAGGUGUUAAAAACACCAUUGUUUCAUCAUAUAACCGGAACUUCACUGGACGAAACGAUGCCAACCCUGCAACCCAUGCUUUUGUAGCAUCACCUGAACUUGUUACUGCUUUGUCUAUUGCAGGACGACUAGAUUUCAACCCACUAACUGAUGAGUUAACUGGAAGUAAAGGAGAAAGAUUUAAGCUAGAAAGUCCACAAGGUGACACCUUACCAUCUCAAGGGUUUGAUCCAGGUCAGGACACCUAUCAAUUUCCACCAGAAGAUGGGUCUGACAUUGAUGUGGAUGUUGACCCCAAGAGCCAAAGGUUGCAGUUACUUGAGCCAUUUGAUAAGUGGGAUGGCAAGGACCUAACAGACUUGCUAAUCCUGAUAAAGGUUAAAGGCAAGUGUACUACUGAUCAUAUCAGUGCUGCAGGCCCAUGGCUGAAGUACAGGGGUCACUUAGAUAAUAUUUCAAACAACAUGUUUAUUGGAGCUAUUAAUGAAGAAACGAAUGAGGCUAACUUGGUUAAGAAUCAUUUAACUGGAGAUUAUGCAACUGUUCCUGAUACUGCCAGAAUGUACAAAUCAAGAGGUGUCAAGUGGUGUAUUAUUGGAGAUGAAAAUUAUGGUGAAGGAAGUUCUCGUGAACAUGCUGCCUUAGAACCUCGUCACCUUGGUGGGAGAGCAAUUAUUGUGAAGAGUUUUGCCAGAAUACAUGAAACUAACUUAAAGAAACAAGGUUUGCUUCCGCUCACUUUUGAAAACCCAGCAGACUACAAGAAGAUAAGACCAAAUGACAAGGUGUCUUUAUUAGGCCUUAAAAAUCUUGCUCCCAACAAGCCUGUGAAAUGUGAGAUCAAGCAUGAAGAUGGUUCCAAAGAGAGCUUUAACCUUCUGCACACAUUCAAUGAGACCCAGAUAAACUGGUUUAAAGCAGGUAGUGCCUUAAAUCAUAUGGCUGAAGUCAUACAAGAAAAGGUUUAGGAAAAAAAUUAAAAACUCAAAUGUGUCACAAAUGUUAAGCCUGUUUAUUUUGCCAAAUUUUUACAUUUUAACCAUAACAUAGGAAUAUUAUUUUUUUACAAAACUUUACAGUAAAUACUCAAGUGUUAGUAUAUGUAUAAAAAAACAAAGCACUCAGCUCCAAAUAGUGACUUUAUUUCGAGAAAAAUUUACAAUACAUGAUUACCUGGUCUAUGAAUCCAAACAUAAUUUUACUGGAUGCUGUAAGACUGUAAAAUUGAGAUAAUAGGAGUUGUGAAGGCCAAACUUCUAAACAACCCUUUUAAUAUAUAGAAAUGCAGAGAAUGAUCAUUGUAGUUGUCACAAAUAAAAUCUACUGCAAUAGA